AUGGCACAAACUUCGGGAUCGGGAGAGACCAACUUUAAGGAAGUAAAUGCCAUAACCACUAGAUUUGGGAAAGUCAUUGAACCAGCCCUUCAAUCUAGGGAUAACCAAAAAGAUUUAAGUGAGCCUAAUGAGAGUAACCCCAGUGAAAAAGUAGUAGAAGCUCCAAUUAGGGUACAUUUCUCUCAAGCCUUCAAAUCUACCUCGAAGUCAACUACUCAACACAAUGUAAUCCUAAAGCAUCUUAAACAAGUAAAAAUCAAUUUGCCUCUUUUGCACGUGUUUUCUCAAGUUUCCACAUAUGCUAAAGUCCUAAAAGACUUGUGCACUAUGAAGAGGAAACACCGUGUCAAGAAAUCUAUUUUUUUGACUGAACAUGUGAGUAUUGUGAUUGAGCAAAAGAUUCUACCAAAGUAUAAGGACCCUGGUUGUCCUACUGUCUCUUGCAUCAUCAAGAGCCAUGAGAUUUCACAAGCCCUUCUUGAUCUAGGAGCUAGUGUCAACAUCAUGUCGUGUGAUAUUUACUUGUCGUUAGGGCUAAGAGAGAUGAAACCCACAUCAGUAAGUUUACAAUUGGCUAAUCGAUCCACUAUUAGGCCUAGGGAAGUAGUUGAGAAUGUACCUUUUCUUGCCACGGCUAAUGCUCUUAUCAGUUGCAAGAAUGGUCUAAUGAAACUAUCAUUUGGGAAUAUGACCCUGGACGUCAACAUCUUUCACAUCAUGAAGCAACAUAAGGAGGAUGACAAGUGUCAUCAAACAUUCUUGAUUGAUGCACUCGUUCAAGAGGAAGCACCUGAUUGUGGAACAUCAUCGACGAUUAUUACCACCGAGCUUGGUGCAAUGCAAAGAACAUGUUUUUACAUUGAGGAUAAUGCAACAUUUAGUUUGGGGGAGAGUUUCACGUGGAUUUUGUUAUCGAAAUAUUUAUUGAGUUGCAAUUUCAUUUAUGUUAUUGGUGGGUUAUUUAUGAUCUUAUGCUUAAAGUAUAUGGUUACUUUUGAUCUUACUCCAAUAACAAUUUGGGAAUGUGCUAGAAAGUCUAAAUCUUAG